CUUACUGUUACAUACAAUACCCAUGCCCGUUGUUGCUGCGAGCGCGGUUAAGAAGCCUCGAAGUCGAUUGUGCGUCUACUACGCUUACGCCGUCAAUAAUACCGCAUUACACCGUAUGUAACGCCUUAACGUAGUGUGUGCUAAACGUACGAAAGAUUCAUGCCUGCUUUACUAGAGGGCCCGUCGUCAUGAUACUUGUCAAGGGACAGCCAUUUGUUGAUAGGCUGUGCAGGCAUUCUUAGUCCAUGUUGAUACCACAGCUAGCAUGGACCUUUGUGCUUGGGGCCCUGGCGGUAUACUGCGUUACAGAAGAGUCAAUAUAUAAUGGCUUUACCUACUACGCGGACAGCAGCCUGAGUGGUAAAGAUGUAAAGUAUACUUGGCCGACAGCAGGAGUUUCGUCUUGGCAGGCCUGCGCGCAUUUAUGCCAGACUACCGCUAACUGCGGAGGCUUCACAUACAAGGGUAGCCCGUUAGCAGAAUGCCAGCUGAAGGAGUCUCCUGUGGAGGUGUUGCUUGGCAGCACCUCCACGGCUGGAGCAAUCACAGGACUCAGAAGAGAGGCCCACCUACACGACAUCGAAUCCAGCACCGCUGCACUCCAUGAAGGGGGUGACGUGGAGGCCGUUGUUGGAGCCAAAGCGGCGCGGCAGGACCCAACUGGUGGUGCCUGGGAGCCGGGGGACUCACAGCAUGAGAGGAAGGACCGCUUCCUCCUGAACCUCCUGCAGCCUCCACCACCACCUUCUUUACUGUUGGACCUGCUGUCACCAUACUUGGGCGGAGGCACGCCAUCGCCGCCGCCUAAACCCCCAUCCCAGCCAGCAGGGUCGCCAUCUCCCAUGUCAGCACCACCCCCACACCCCUUGUCAGGAUCACCGCCACACCUCUUGUCAGGAUCACCGCCAGGCCCCAGUCCAAUGCGUCCUCCGGCUCCUAUGCCUGUGGCCAGGCCCCCGCCUUCAGGGAGUCCUCCGGCUUCUGGCACUGCACCUCCGCAUUUCAGUCCGCCCGCUCCUAGCCCAAAAGGUCCUUCCCCUUCCCCGGGCCCUGUCGCCAGCCAGCUCACCCCUCCACCAUCUCCUUCCCCAUCCCUGGGCAUGCCCAGCCCUGGCGUGCCCCCUCUGUCGGCAGAGUCGAACUACCCUCCAUCGGACCCUGAUACAAGCCAGCCCACCCCUCCCCCAUCCUCCUCCCCAGCCACGGCUAGCCCCAGCCUAUCCACUCCCCCGGCCCCAAUUGCAAGCCAGCCCAUCCCUCCAAACUCCUCAUCACCUUCCCUGGCCAGCCCCGUCCCAUCUCCUCCAUCAGAGUUAAACUACCCUCCGUCGGACCCUGCUGCAAGCCAGCCCACCCCACCACCAAACUCAACGCUUUCCUCCCUGCCACCGCCCAUAUCAAGAAGGCCGCCAAGCCCUGAUGAUUUUCCUCCAUCAGAGCCUGACCCACCCACUGCUGACCCGCCUCUACCCCCUAGUGCUAUUGAUGGGUAUCCGCCCCCAGGCCUUGAGCCGCCCGAGUCCCCAAGUUAUGAACAGUUCCCACCAAUUGCCCCGCCACUGCCUCCUAGCAGUCGUCAGCCUCCCAACUCAACCCAUCAGCCAAGCCCCAGCCCAACCUCGGCCCGGCCGCCAAGCCCUAGCCCACUACCACCUCCCAGCCCAAGCCUGACCCAGCCGCCGAGCCCUAGCCCUCCACAACCUCCCAGCCCAAUCCCAAGUUUGGACCAGCCGCCGAACCCGAGCCCACCACUAUCCGCAAACCCUAACCCACCCCAGCCACCAACCUCUCCUUCACCUCCAUCCCCCAGCCCUAGUCCUCCCCAGCCGCCAAGCCCUCCCUCACCACUAUCUGCAAGCCCCAAUCCACCCCAGCCACCAACCUCUCCGUCACCUCCAUCCCCGAGCCCUGGCCCUCCCCCGCUGCCAAGCCCUCCCUCACCACUAUCUGCAAGCCCCAACCCGCCCCAGCCACCAACCUCUCCGUCACCUCCAUCCCCGAGCCCUGGCCCUCCCCCGCUGCCAAGCCCUCCCUCACCACUAUCUGCAAGCCCCAACCCGCCCCAGCCACCAACCUCUCCGUCACCUCCAUCCCCGAGCCCUGGCCCUCCCCCGCUGCCAAGCCCUCCCUCACCACUAUCUGCAAGCCCCAACCCGCCCCAGCCACCAACCUCUCCUUCACCUCCCUCCCCCAGCCCUAGUCCUCCCCAGCCGCCAAGCCUUCCAUCGCCACUAUCUGCAAGCCCCAAUCCACCUCAGCCACCAACCUCUCCUUCACCUCCAUCCCCGAGCCCUGGCCCUCCCCCGCUGCCGAGCCCUCCCUCACCACUAUCUUCAAGCCCCAACCCGCCCCAGCCACCAACCUCUCCUUCACCUCCAUCCCCAAGCCCUGGCCCUCCCCCGCUGCCGAGCCCUCCCUCACCACUAUCUGCAAGCCCCAAUCCACCCCAGCCACCAACCUCUCCUUCACCUCCAUCCCACAGCCCUAGUCCUCCCCAGCCGCCAAGCCUUCCCUCGCCACUAUCUGCAAGCCCCAAUCCGCCUCAGCCACCAACCUCUCCUUCACCUCCAUCCCCAAGCCCUGGCCCUCCCCCGCUGCCGAGCCCUCCCUCACCACUAUCUGCAAGCCCCAAUCCGCCCCAGCCACCAACCUCUCCGUCACCUCCAUCCCCGAGCCCAAAUCCACCCCAGCCACCAACCUCUCCUUCACCUCCCUCCCCCAGCCCUAGUCCUCCCCAGCCGCCAAGCCUUCCCUCACCACUAUCUGCAAGCCCCAAUCCGCCCCAGCCACCAACCUCUCCCUCACCACUAUCUGCAAGCCCCAAUCCACCCCAGCCACCAACCUCUCCCUCACCACUAUCUGCAAGCCCCAAUCCACCCCAGCCACCAACCUCUCCUUCACCUCCAUCCCCCAGCCCUAGUCCUCCCCAGCCGCCAAGCCUUCCCUCUCCACUAUCUGCAAGCCCCAAUCCGCCUCAGCCACCAACCUCUCCUUCACCUCCAUCCCCAAGCCCUGGCCCUCCCCCGCUGCCGAGCCCUCCCUCACCACUAUCUGCAAGCCCCAAUCCACCCCAGCCACCAACCUCUCCGUCACCUCCAUCCUCGAGCCCAAAUCCACCCCAGCCACCAACCUCUCCUUCACCUCCCUCCCCCAGCCCUAGUCCUCCCCAGCCGCCAAGCCUUCCCUCACCACUAUCUGCAAGCCCCAAUCCGCCCCAGCCACCAACCUCUCCCUCACCACUAUCUGCAAGCCCCAAUCCACCCCAGCCACCAACCUCUCCUUCACCUCCAUCCCCCAGCCCUAGUCCUCCCCAGCCGCCAAGCCUUCCCUCGCCACUAUCUGCAAGCCCCAAUCCGCCCCAGCCACCAACCUCUCCUUCACCUCCAUCCUCGAGCCCCAAUCCGCCCCAGCCACCAACCUCUCCUUCACCUCCCUCCCCCAGCCCUAGUCCUCCCCAGCCGCCAAGCCUUCCAUCGCCACUAUCUGCAAGCCCCAAUCCACCCCAGCCACCAACCUCUCCUUCACCUCCCUCCCCCAGCCCUAGUCCUCCCCAGCCGCCAAGCCUUCCAUCGCCACUAUCUGCAAGCCCCAAUCCACCUCAGCCACCAACCUCUCCUUCACCUCCAUCCCCGAGCCCUGGCCCUCCCCCGCUGCCGAGCCCUCCCUCACCACUAUCUUCAAGCCCCAACCCGCCCCAGCUACCAACCUCUCCUUCACCUCCAUCCCCAAGCCCUGGCCCUCCCCCGCUGCCAAGCCCUUCCUCGCCACUAUCUACAGGCCCCAAUCCACCCCAGCCACCAACCUCUCCUUCACCUCCAUCCCCCAGCCCUAGUCCUCCCCAGCCGCCAAGCCUUCCCUCACCACUAUCUGCAAGCCCCAAUCCACCCCAGCCACCAACCUCUCCGUCACCUCCAUCCUCGAGCCCCAAUCCACCCCAGCCACCAACCUCUCCUUCACCUCCCUCCCCCAGCCCUAGUCCUCCCCAGCCGCCAAGCCUUCCCUCACCACUAUCUUCAAGCCCCAACCCGCCCCAGCCACCAACCUCUCCUUUACCUCCAUCCCCAAGCCCUGGCCCUCCCCCGCUGCCGAGCCCUCCCUCACCACUGUCUGCAAGCCCCAAUCCGCCCCAGCCACCAACCUCUCCUUCACCUCCCUCCCCCAGCCCUAGUCCUCCCCAGCCGCCAAGCCUUCCCUCACCACUAUCUGCAAGCCCCAAUCCGCCCCAGCCACCAACCUCUCCUUCACCACCAUCCCCGAGCCCUGGCCCUCCCCCGCUGCCAAGCCCUCCCUCACCACUAUCUGCAAGCCCCAAUCCACCCCAGCCACCAACCUCUCCUUCACCUCCAUCCCCCAGCCCUAGUCCUCCCCAGCCGCCAAGCGUUCCCUCUCCACUAUCUGCAAGCCCCAAUCCGCCUCAGCCACCAACCUCUCCUUCACCUCCAUCCCCAAGCCCUGGCCCUCCCCCGCUGCCGAGCCCUCCCUCACCACUAUCUGCAAGCCCCAAUCCGCCCCAGCCACCAACCUCUCCCUCACCACUAUCUGCAAGCCCCAAUCCACCCCAGCCACCAACCUCUCCUUCACCUCCAUCCCCCAGCCCUAGUCCUCCCCAGCCGCCAAGCCUUCCCUCGCCACUAUCUGCAAGCCCCAAUCCGCCUCAGCCACCAACCUCUCCUUCACCUCCAUCCCCAAGCCCUGGCCCUCCCCCGCUGACGAGCCCUCCCUCACCACUACCUGCAAGCCCCAAUCCGCCCCAGCCACCAACCUCUCCUUCACCUCCAUCCUCGAGCCCCAAUCCGCCCCAGCCACCAACCUCUCCUUCACCUCCCUCCCCCAGCCCUAGUCCUCCCCAGCCGCCAAGCCUUCCAUCGCCACUAUCUGCAAGCCCCAAUCCACCCCAGCCACCAACCUCUCCUUCACCUCCCUCCCCCAGCCCUAGUCCUCCCCAGCCGCCAAGCCUUCCAUCGCCACUAUCUGCAAGCCCCAAUCCACCUCAGCCACCAACCUCUCCUUCACCUCCAUCCCCGAGCCCUGGCCCUCCCCCGCUGCCGAGCCCUCCCUCACCACUAUCUUCAAGCCCCAACCCGCCCCAGCUACCAACCUCUCCUUCACCUCCAUCCCCAAGCCCUGGCCCUCCCCCGCUGCCAAGCCCUUCCUCGCCACUAUCUACAGGCCCCAAUCCACCCCAGCCACCAACCUCUCCUUCACCUCCAUCCCCCAGCCCUAGUCCUCCCCAGCCGCCAAGCCUUCCCUCACCACUAUCUGCAAGCCCCAAUCCACCCCAGCCACCAACCUCUCCGUCACCUCCAUCCUCGAGCCCCAAUCCACCCCAGCCACCAACCUCUCCUUCACCUCCCUCCCCCAGCCCUAGUCCUCCCCAGCCGCCAAGCCUUCCCUCACCACUAUCUUCAAGCCCCAACCCGCCCCAGCCACCAACCUCUCCUUCACCUCCAUCCCCAAGCCCUGGCCCUCCCCCGCUGCCGAGCCCUCCCUCACCACUGUCUGCAAGCCCCAAUCCGCCCCAGCCACCAACCUCUCCUUCACCUCCCUCCCCCAGCCCUAGUCCUCCCCAGCCGCCAAGCCUUCCCUCACCACUAUCUGCAAGCCCCAAUCCGCCCCAGCCACCAACCUCUCCUUCACCACCAUCCCCGAGCCCUGGCCCUCCCCCGCUGCCAAGCCCUCCCUCACCACUAUCUGCAAGCCCCAAUCCACCCCAGCCACCAACCUCUCCUUCACCUCCAUCCCCCAGCCCUAGUCCUCCCCAGCCGCCAAGCGUUCCCUCUCCACUAUCUGCAAGCCCCAAUCCGCCUCAGCCACCAACCUCUCCUUCACCUCCAUCCCCAAGCCCUGGCCCUCCCCCGCUGCCGAGCCCUCCCUCACCACUAUCUGCAAGCCCCAAUCCGCCCCAGCCACCAUCCUCUCCUUCACCUCCGUCUCCCAGCCCUCGCCCGGCGCUUCCCCCAAGCCCUAGGCCUCCAUCUCCGGAUCCACCCCCUGUUCCUGAGCCGCCCAUGGACCCAGUCUCCAUGCAACCCCCCUUCCCUCCCUCCCCUGACGUCACCCCAGCUACUGGCCUGUGUCCGCUGCCGACUGGUGCGGCAUUCUACCCAGAGCCUACGGACGUGCCUGAGGCGGCGUUCAGCGUGUUGCAGAAUGCUGUUGGGACACGGUUUGGGGCGUCCGUGCGCGCUGAGUGUGCGGCGGAUUCGGACUGUACUGCGGUCAAGGUUACGUCAACUGGAGUGGUGGAGCUUAUGGCCGGCGACCUAGGAGCCUUCCAGAAACUUUCGCUGCUGCCGGGCGACGGCGAUGACACCUGCCACGGCAUCUACGUCACCAGUCCACCUGGUCCCACGCAGUUCCUGUGUAUGCCACAGUUACGCGUGCCGGGCACAACGCUAAGCAGCAAGUCAGGCUUCGGCUUGCGGCAAUGUGAGCUGCAAUGCAGGAAGACGGCGGGUUGUGAGGCCGUACUGUACUACCCCAGUUCCAGCUCAGCCUCCGCUACCAUGAAUUGCGAUCUGCUGAGGGGGUUGUUCGGCUCCGAUGCGGCUUCAUCCUACGCUGUGUCCAGCGUAAACAUCACGACAUGCAUUGCCACCUCAGACCCAUGGUUCUGUCUUCCGGACGGCUGGGACAUCGUCGGCUCCAACGUCGGCGAACCGGCGACCCAAUCCAGCGCUGAGGCAUGCGCUGCAGCUUGUUUAGGCACCCCCUACUGCUCCUCCUAUACCUACACGGUUAGCACCGGGGUGUGCAACUCGCGUACACUUACGUGGCGUCCCUCAGGCACGGACGGUGCAACUGGUGUGGCAGCAGAAACAACGCAGAGGUCGUGUGUGAAGACGGCAGCCAACUCGUUUGGAUCUGGAACGGACGCGACUUUCUUCUGGUCGCAUGUCUGCUUCGCUGGCGUGACCCUGGGGGGCUCUGUGGUCGCUACCCAGGAGGAUGUGGCUGUUGCAGAUUGUGCGGACUUGUGCGCUGAGCAUGAUGACUGCACACACUUCCAGCUGAAUGGGAAUGGGGAUUGCGAAGCUAUGAAUGGCGCCUUUGGGGCCGAUGGAGCGGGAAAACUGUCGUACGGACUUAAUGACAACAUUGCGACUACCUGCCUGCGCUCCACAGGCACCUUUGAGUGCCUGGCACCUGGCUACAGUUUCAAGUACAAGUCCAUAAGUAGCGCCCAGGGCGUUUCUACAAUCGACACAUGCGCAGAGUCCUGCCUGGAGGACUCCACCUGCGAGGGUCUGGAGUUUGACUACAGCACCGGAUCCUGCAUUCUCGCAAACAGCAUCUUCUUUGGCAACAGGGGUUCGAACGGCGUGAACACGGCGUCUUCGGCAGCCCACACCCGCCUUUGCUUGCGAACGCCCAACCUGCGGAAGCUAUUCGGGUCCGUCCCAAGCGGACCAUCACCACCUCCCGCUCCGCAGCCGCCGGCAAGCAGCCCUCCAAAACCAAUGCCACCUCAGACGUUGACGCCUUCACCACCUGCGCCCUCGCCUCUGCCUCCCUCACCAAAGCCGCCUGCGCCGGUGCCACCUUCACCCAAGCCGCCCUUGCCGGCGCCACCUUUAUCGCCGCCUCCAAUGCCUUCGCCACCUUUAUCACCACCUCCAAUGCCCUCGCCUCCUGUACCCUCUCCUCCUACGCCCUCACCGCCCGCACCCUCUCCUCCUGUACCCUCGCCCCCCGCACCCUCUCCUCCCGUGCCCUCGCCUCCUGCACCGUCUCCUCCUGUACCCUCGCCUCCCGCACCUUCUCCUCCCACGCCCUCGCCUCCCGCCCCCUCGCCACCUGCACCCUCACCUCCCGUACCCUCUCCUCCGGCACCCUCUCCUCCUGUACCCUCGCCGCCCAAGCCCUCGCCACCGUCCCCCUCUCCGCCUGCGCCUAGCCCUCCUUCACCUCCGCCUCCUAUGCCCAGUCCUCCGUUGCUUCCUCCACCCCCUUCCCCCACACCUCCUACGCCCCCCCCUCCAUCACCCCCGCCUCCGUCACCACUUCCUCCUUCACCGCCGCCCCCUUCCCCUGCGCCUCCUUCCCCAAAACCGCCUUUGCCUCCACCCUCUCCAGCUCCUUCUCCACCACCUAACAUCCUUAACUUCAACUCGCCAAGUCCAAGUUCUCCUCCACCUGUCAUGCUGAUGCCCGAGCUAGCGCUGGAAGCGGGUCGCCCACCCCCGCCUGCUGCCACACCGGACAUCGACCCGCCGGAGAUCACGCUAACUGGGUCCUCCGAGGUUGCCCUCGAGAUCUACUCGACGUACGUGGAGUAUGGUGCUUCAGCUGUAGACCAGCGUGAGGGGCGGGUCGCUGUGAGGAUUGUCGGCGAUGAAGUCAACACGUCGGCUGUGACACCCGUCGGGAAACCUUACACGGUUAUUUACCAGGCAAGCGACUCGGCCGGCAACACGGCCCGGCAGGAGCGGUUGGUUACUGUGUACGACAGUUGCAGCUCCACGGGCGAGUUCCGAUGCCCUGACACGCUAAAGUGUUCCGUCUUUAAAAGCUGCAAGCUGUCUGUGAGCAGCAGCAGCAGCAGCACCGCAAGCGUCACACAAACGGCUUUGGAACGGCCGCCGGACACCAUUCCACCUGUCAUCACGGUUCUCGGUAGCGGCGUCCGCUACGUCACCCCUUCGGGCUCAGCCGGCAUGAUCACCACGGUUCAAGUGGGUGCGACCUUCACAGAUGCGGGCGCCACAGCUACGGAUGAGGUCCCAUCGGCAGGCGGAGCGUCAACGUUCGUCUCAAUGUCCGUGUUUUCGUCUAUCAUGGAUCCAAGCGGCGAAGAAGUAACGGCGGUGUCCACCGCCAACCCGACAGGCAACGACACGAGUAGCUCGGUGCCAUACCUCAUUACCUACUCGGCCAUCGACAGCUCUGGAAACGCUGCGCUUGUUGCCCGUCGACGCGUGUACAUUCUGUGUACGGACCCUGAGUUUGCGUGCCCUCGUGAAGGCGAUACCGACCCAUUAACGUGCAGCACCGGUCGCAUUUGCGGCCUUGUAUCAAGCUCCUCAUCUUCCACAGCCCCGUCCUCGUCGGCGACGUCAUCCUCCUCCUCCUCCACAACGACAACCACAACUAGCGGCAACAGUGACUCGUUGCUGGUACCCAGGUUUACGCUCAACUCUGCCGCAACGGUUGCCGUUGCUCAAGGCGCGUCCUACCCCGUCUGCCGUGAUGGCGUGACGUCGACUUGCGAGCCGGGUGCCACUGCUACUCUUAAAACCUCCGGCGACUUGAACAGUCAGAUCCGAGCAUGCGCAACCGGCGUGCGCAACGCGCAGCCCUUUGAUAUGGUCGGCCUGCAGUACUGCACCAUUGACACUCGUGUCCCCGGCAACUACAGCAUUUCCUUCCACCUAACAUGGCCGUCCGUGGGCGAGCUCAUUCUGUACCGGUACAUCAUCGUACAGGAGCUUUGUGUGGGUGAGCGGACCUGCUCGAAUGGGCGCUGUUCCGUGGAUCAGGCGUGUGAAGACGAGCUGCAGAGCGGGACCAGUAGCAGCGGCACUAGUGCUAGCAGCAGCGGCAGCAGUGGUAGUAGCAUCAGUACGGCAACUGUUACAAACUCAGCACCCACGCUGGUCCUCAACACAUCUUCUGACAUUGUUGGUCUACAGGUGUCCGUUAAGCGUGGUGUAGCAUACCAGCGAUGCACGAGUGGGCAAGCGCCAACGGCAGACAAGCCGUGUGAGACGCUGGGCACAGCAACGGACGCCGAAGAUGGCGACCUAACCAGCAAGAUCGCGUUGUGCCCUCCUGACAACUGCGCCAAGACCCAAUGUCGUGCACAUUGGGCGGAUCGCAAGCAGCCCUCCGAAUGUGGCAUUGACACGGUCAACGCUGCGAUCGGAACCACCUAUUCCCUAAAGCUCGGCGUGUACGACAGCAUGGGGGUCAAUGCAACCGUUGAACGCAUCAUCAAGGUCGUGAGUCCCUGCUCCACUGGUCAAUCUUACUGUGAGGAAACGUCGGCAAGCGGCGAAACGCAGUACGUGUGCAGUGACGUCAGCUGUGAGCAACGUGCGAGCCUGACGGCCCUAGCGGAUGUCGGCACCGUCAGUACGACAACUCCGCCGCGGUUGUUCCUACUUCCUGGAGCUCACGCAGACAAUCUGACACUGUCCGAGGCCAACCAGACCACCUUCCUAGCUUACCGCCAGCCCGCGUCCUUCAGUCUGGCUCCCUGCGCCAGCUUCUCAGACGGCGUGCCAUCGAGUGGCAUCGCCGCCUGUGCUGCCAUUGCCAACGACACCACCGAUGGUGACAUCACCUCGAGCAUCUCAACUACCGUGUCCGCACUAUGCACAUCCACUAGCACGACGACGACGACCUCAGACACCACGAAUGAGUCCACCAGCAGUAGCAGCAGUAGCUCGUGCUACAGCUGCAGCGUGGCAGGGUUCACUACGGGGUCGUGCCUGCCGGGGCGCUACCGCAUCAGCUAUAGCGUGACGAGCUCGAGCGGGCUGACCACCACAGAUACCCUGGAUGUUGCUGUGGAGCAGCUCACUACUACCGUAGCAGAGCUGAGUCUCUUCCCCAACCAGACAGCCGCCGGCUCCAGCAACUUUACCUUUGCCCAAGCGUUCGCAGUCAGCCUCGCCAGCAAUGCAACAGUUCGCAACAGCGUCCUGCCGCCAGCUCUGCAGGUCUUCGGUAUCACUGCAGCCAGCAUCCGCUCGCUGUCCUUGUUGGGAGCUCCUGAGGUCUUGUCGUCAGCCAAUUCCUCGACCGGUGGCUCCUCCACCGCAUAUUAUGUCGUGAAGGUGAGCGUCAACGUCACCACGGGCUCUUCAGACUUUAUGGACACUUCCAGUGUUACGUCGGCAGCAGCCACAAGGCGCAGAUACCGUGCCCGCCGCAGCCUUCUCGCGAGCUCGACGGCUGAGCCGGGCUUGAGCGGUAGCACGGAGGGACGAAUCCUGGAGCUCUUGCCUGUCGGUGAUGAACAGGAUUCGUUUGUGUACGUAGCUGCAAGCAGUCCUGGCGUCGUUAGCCAACAGUUCGCCGUUGAUGAGCAGGAUUUGGAUGAGGGUUACGAUGAUAGCACUGAGGCUUCAGCCGCUUACGAGGAUUUGAGUCAGAACCACGCAUCACACCAGGGUUCAGCAAAGGGCAUUGGCAACCACCAGCCGCAAGCCCUGGGAGCUCGUGCUAUGCUGCUUCAUUCCAUUGCUCAAGGUCUACUGGGCCUUCCUUUUGGCACGUUGAAAAACACAACGGAUGGUGCUGGACGCCGAGUGGCUCUGGAGACCUGGAAGAAUGCUGGUGACCCACGGAUCUCUCCGUUUGCACCUACAAUUGCUGGAGAAGGCAGCGUUUUGGCCGCUCUGUACGAUAUCCGGGACCGAGUAGACCUGGCGCUGCGACUGCUGUCAACCGUACAAGUCAAUGAUGUCUACGUCGACCACCAACAGCCCACAGCCGCUGGUAGUACGGCAGCUGCGGCCACGCACACUAUCAUUCGCCGGGUGCUGCAGACCACCAGCAGCAGUAGCAACAGCAGUAGCAGCUGCGGCUCAGCGGUAGCCGCGAACACUUCAGUAGCUGCUUUCACAAGUGGUGUGGCAAGCGUAGGCAAUGUCAGCAACAGCUGCGCAAGUCCGGCAGCAGACUCGACGAGUGUGGCGAUGGGGGUGAUAGCCGGUGCUGUCUCGGACUUGGAUCGUCUGGCGAAGCAGAUGUCAGAGCAGGAGACGUCUAUGAUAUCGCUCCUUAGCGGCCUGAAUGACAAGUUCUCUGCCAAAGAUGAGGUCUACCGCGCAGCAAUUGCCGCCAUGUCAGACAACGCAGUCGCUGUGUUUAAUGCGAUUAGCUCCAAGUCGCAAGAGGCCCUGGACUUGCUGGAUAAAACGCUGGCUGCGCAGGUGGCCAGCGCGGCUGCACUAGCAACCACGCUGGGACUGAUGCAGUCCACGCUGAACGAGGCCCAGGCUGCAACCACUAGAGCUGUCAUCACCGCUGCCACCAUCCUGGAGGGCCUGGGCGACGAGUACGCCUUCUACUCCACUGAAUCAGACUACGCAUCCUACAGCAAUUGCCUCUUUGCACGCGGCCAAGAAGCUGGCUUUGCCUUCGUCACCAGCUGGGCUGCGGCCGCCGCUGGGGAUUCAUCCUUCUACACGGCGUCAGCGGCCGCACUUUCAGCGGCAGCGAGUCGCCGUCGGCAGCUGUUGCUCCAUAUGCAAGGGAAAGCUCCUGUCAGCAGCAAGGACGACCAUGGGGAGGCUCUGCGUUCUGGUAAAACUGUGAAUGCAGUUUUCAGCGGUGGAAUGGAGGGGUGCGGUUGGUCGUCUUCGGUGCUGAAGCUGAUGCCGCAAGUGCUCCGGCGUGCCCUGGUGUCAGCUAUGAAGCCCUGGCUGUCACCGGGAGCUUUUGGUGAGGCGGCUUCGCGUUGGCUGGCUUGUGGCGGCAGCAGUCAGGAUGACGACGUGCAUGCCAGCCCGUCCUCAACAGUGGCAGGCGUUGAGGAGCGAACUGGCGACGAGACCCAUCAGCAGAGCAGCGAACAUGGUAUGUCACCGCACAAGCGCAUCCGUCGGUACAGUCCCGCGGGACCAGAGCCGCUUCACACGGAACGGGCUACCUCCGAUACCUCCAACGCUCAUGCCGACAAUGGCAGCGACGACCGUGACCAUGAACCGGGGGUGGCUUCUUCCCGCAUGUUGAUUAGCGACUCUGGCAGCAAGAACAGGACCUUUAAUGGAAGAAACCAGUACGUUUUUACCCAGUUUGAAGGCUAUGAUCUGCCCAGUGGUCAAGGCUUUGACUACAGUCUUUGGGAAGUACGCAAUGUGGACCGAGCUCGCUUCGCUGGGCUGCAUAACAAGGUGCUUGUGGGGCUGCUACUGCAUCAGGUCCGACGGAGUGGUAGAGAGCUCCGCGGGACGUCCGGCGUGGAUGGGCGAAUAUGCCGUUCAAGCAGCUAUGACCACUUGGUUGUGGGUUGCGACUCUGACACGUCCAAUGACAACCGUACACCUAAUUCUGGUGACCUGGGCGGUAUCGGCAACGACCCGGUAUUCAAUCGUCAUAGUGAGCUUUACGCCAGCUCCGCCAUUGCUGGCGACUUUUACAACACCUCCACGGGCUCUCCGGAGCUGAACGCGGCUGGACUGCCGUACGGUUUCUACCACGAGCCCCUGGAGCAAUUCCCCGCUGGUUACCCCGUGCUGCUGGACACACGCCUGUCAGCGCAGCGGGCGCAACAGGCCAUCACCUUUGUGCGGGAUGGCGGCUACCUGUCAUCGACAUUCACAAAGUCGCUUCGGGCUCAGCUGGUGACGUACAACCCGAACGCCCAAGUCUUUGGCUACUGGCGUGUGGACUUCUCCUGGUUGGACAGCGGGGUCAUUGACGCCAAGGCGCGGCUGCUGGGCCUGCCCGCCAUCAGCUACGGGGAUUCCAUAGUUAACAUGAAGAUAUCUCGUUUCCUGCCGGACUUCUUCUUGGUACUACUUGUCAUUGGCUACUUUGCCAUGACAGCGUACGAUAUCUACAAACAGCUGCGUGUGCAGAAGCUCAAGCAUGCCCUCGCACAGCGCCGGAAGGCCUGGGGUGCUGCUGCCGCCUUUGCAAAUGCAGCGGGAUUCAACUUGGGCGGCCGAAACCGCGUGCUGCCGGGCGAGGUUGCUAACCAAGAAGACGAGGCUCAUGGCAGUGACUCCAGCAGUGAUGACGAUGAUGAUAACGCUCCGCAUGCAAAAAGCAAAGCACCUGUUCGGAGCUUCCGUACCGGGGUGCGAUACAGGACAAAUGUCCAUGAGGGCAACCUCCGCAAAUACCAUCCUCGCAUGGACAUUAAAUGGGUUCUCUAUGAGGCCACGAUCUGUGCCUUCAUGGCUGCAGCCAUUGGCGUAUUCUACACCUACGCCGUGCGCCUGUCCGUUCGUGAUGACUUCACCUCGCGUUUCGACGUUUACGAUGCCGACACCUUCGCUCCUGCCCGGUACUUCUUGCUGCGUCGCCAAGACAGCAGCACCACGGCCGCAGCCGCCUCAUCGCCGUCAUUUUCAGCGACGGCGAGUAGCACAGCCACCACCACGGCCAGUGAAGAUGCGCCCUCGGCUGGCCAGGCGCUCCGUUGGGCGCUACCAGCCGACUAUCAGCCCAUUAACGACGCGGGUGCUAUGUAUGCGCGCGUAGACUCCAUGUACAGUGCAUUGGUGACGUACACCUUCCUGCAGAGUCUCGUGCUGGCCAUGGUGGUCCUGCGCUGGCUGCACUACCUGUCCUUCCAGCCGCGCCUCUCCAUCAUUGCAGGCACCCUGGCGCUAGCCCUACCCGACCUGCUGCACUUUGCAGCGGGAGUGCUCAUCUGCAUCGCAAUGUUCGGAGCGGCAGCGUGCGUUGUGUUCGGCACGGGGGUGGCACAGCUGUCCAGCGGGGGUGAUGCGCUGUACCUGAUGCUGAAGUACGUACUGCUUAAGGACGACGGGCGAGUUUUCAAGCACCUGCUCGGGAAUUCGGUGUCUAAAUCGGGCUUGGAGUGGGCGUUGGCGGGACUGCUGUACGUGCUGGCGCCGUUGUUCUUUGUCUACGUGCUCUCCAACUUUAUCCUUGCAUUCUUGGUGUGGCCCUUUGGCCAGCUCAAGGUUGCGGUGACAGGUCAGCCUGGCGUACCAGAGGACCUGUCUCGUAUCCUAGGCUGGUACUGGCAGCGCUUCAGCCGCAAUGCACCUAAGAACAAGUUAAUGCUGACAUGGCUACAGGCCUGGUUGGCUCCGCCUAACCAGCGCAGCGUCCUGUAUAGGCUGCAACACUCUGUUGCCAACUUCCGAGCCACGAUCAGCGCGUUUAGCAACAUUGCACCCGGACGUCGCAACCUUUUCGGCUCCGUAGCUGCCAGCUCCACCUCCUCCGCUAAGGCGCCGUUUUCAGCCUCCGCCGCCAGCAACACAACCAGCACGAGCUUAGGCCCUUCCUUGUCAUCAUCCGCUCCGAUUACCGCCCAGCCGCCGGGCGCUACUUCGGGUCUUUCCGCCGUCCCCCGCCCGUUAGCCAACAACGGCUGGAGCCGCCUGAAGCCUCGUGUUAGCGUUAAGGAAGACACGGCCGCGGCUUCGAUUACCCCGGAAGCCACCACCGUCACCAAGGCGACGGGCUCAACAGGUAGCCUGGCAUACACCACCUCCCAACCAUGGGGCAGCAGGCCAGGGUCCCGGCAGGGAUCUAGCCAGCAGCCAUCUCGCCACCGCUCCAUCCUGAAAAUGGCCAACAGCCGGCGACCGCUGGACUGUGAUGCCAUCCAAGUGGCCCUUCAGACCGUUUCACGCGCAAGAUUGAUGUCCGCGGCACCCACAUCCGCAUCAGCGACGCCACAGCGGGCAUCACAGCAGUCUAUAUCAGCCUCAGGCGAUGCCCCGCCGCCCUUGGACUGCAAGGUCACCCCCCGGGGGGGGCUGCUGCCACUACCCCCCAUGCCUCCGCCACCACUUUCCGGCAGCGGUACGCUGAAGGGGGGCAGCAUCGGAGACGCAGCAGGAGGUGGUCUGGGGAAAACUUUGGGAAAGCAGCCCUCCUGGAGGUCUUCGGGCUCAGAUGUCAAGGGUCGAAAUAUGUCAGGAACGACAGCAACUAGUCUCGGUGGAUUAAGCAGCGGCUCUGGGGGCUUGGGGACGAAUCUAGGUUUCCCGGUUGACAGCGCCGCUGGCAAGGAUGAAGGCUACGGCAGCGGCACCGUCCGUGGCAGUGGCAGCGACAAACUGCUGAUGCCAGAGAAUCGGCGGGUCAACCCUGAGGCGCUGAUAAGUCCCAUUGGCAGUAAGAUGUCGCUGUUGCGGAGUGGGCUGUCACGUACGGUCCUGGCCAGUGUUGGACGCCCAGCGCACAGGGUCGCGCCCGGCGAUGCUGCUGAGACUGGCGCAGCACCCGAAGUGCUGGUGGAUACGGUGAUGGCAAACCUGCUGGCUAGGUUUGGACACAAGGCAGCGUCCACAGGAACUGCUGUGGCCUCAACUGGCGGUCUUGAGGGUCUUGGAGAAGCAUCUGCAAAGAAAAGUAAACCAGGGGAUCGUGGCGGGAAGCUGCCGCGGCGACGGUUUACUAAUCCUGAGGGCACCGCCCUCAGCGGCCUGCGGGAGGGCGAUGUUUCCGCUGCUGCUGCUGUUGCUGCCUCAACCAGCGACGCAGAAGGAGCCCAGGCACAGAGGGGCAGCGAACCUGGCGCCUUUGCUGCUGGCAGCACCGAAGGUGCUGCUGCGCCGCGCUCACGUCUUCUACCUAUUACAGCACCCCACACCUUUACUCUUGGCGCCGGUAAGCUGCCGGCCCCUGCUGACUCAUGGGCUGUACGGCGGCCUGGAAGCGGCAGCGGCAGCCGACCAGGGUCCCAAGGCCUGCCGGACUACCCGUCUGCAAAGUCGCGGAGCGAGGCUGGUGGCAGUGCUGGUCAAAGCGGAGGUCUUGGUGGUGUUGAAGACAGCAGCCGCAGUGACGGCCAUGCAUCCGACUUUCACCUCCCCAACGUGCUUCAUGACAUCAGUGAGACGGGCAUCAUGGAGGGCGAAGACGUGGAGAUUAGCGCAGCAUAUAACAUUGCAGAGCUGGUCUGCCCAAGCCCAGGGCUCUCCCCUAGUUCUGCAUCUCGAGGUGCGUCUGCCAAUGGCUUUGUCCUCUGCAGCAGCCCUGGAGCAAUGCUUGCUGCCCGGGCAAUCACAAGGAGCAGGCUGGCAUCACCCUUCACUGUUCCUGGCGGUGGCAAUGAGCGCAGCGGCCUCCAAGUCCUGUCACGUAAGGGCACGCUGUCAGUUUCAAGCACGCCUAGCGGAAGGAGUAGCAGAGUGGGCAGGCAGCUUUCCGCAUCCCUGUUGUCUGCACCUCUGCAGCUGCCUGCGAAGCACGGAAGCAUGCAGGCGAUGCCACCAAGCCGCUGGUCUCCUACGCAGAAUCAGACCGAGGAUCCUGCUACGCGACAGGCCGCUGGCAAAGGAAGGCCCGACAAGCUGAACAGCGCACCUGCUUCGGAUGUGCCUAUGACGCUUGGGUUCAGAGCACCCGCACGUGCCAGCACUGAUUGCAUUCCUGUGGCGUCUCCUGUGGAAUCUGGCCCACAGCCAGAGCGCUCUUCCCUGGAUUUGGAAUCCUUGCAAACUCACACGGCAGGGGCUUCACCCAAGAAGUCUCAGACGGCACCGGUUGGCGUCCUCAUUUGUGGUGAAGAUGGUGACAGUGAGGACGGCGCUACUGCUGAGGACUAUGUUGUACCGGCUCCCCGGAAAACGAAGGCCUGGCCAACCAUGCGCUUUCAACCAGCCGAAGCAGCGGUUGGCUCACCCAUCCGGCGUCAUCAGCUGCAGCCCUUUGGAGCAGAUGUUGCGCUGCAGGAUGCGAUAGGCGAGGAAGGAGAACAGGGAGACAAGGAGGACAAGGAGGCCAGCAGGAUGGAAGUCAGUCCCACUUCACGGGCUACUCCACGGGCCAGCGCAGCGCUAGAUCCCGCUGACAGGCAGAGCAGGACUGGCGGUACCACAAUCAGUGGCCCUGGGCCUGUCGCAGAAGGUAUGGAGGAUCCAGCAGCAGCAGCGGUGGUGGCGACGUAUGGGGAGGACUCCGGCGGUCAGCGCUCGCAGUUGCUGGCUGCGCUUGGCCCGCAUGCGGCACCAGCCAAGCUGACGAGGAAACGGCUCGACGGUGCCCUUGCGGUGCACAUGGUUGCGACAAUUGAAGCACUGACAGUGCACCUCAACGCCAUGCUAGCCCAACUGCUAAUGGCUGUGCGGGAAAUUGAGGACAUGUCGGGGCUCAUAAGCAGCCUCCUAGCGGCAGCCCGAGCCACCCAACAUCUACACGACCGUUCUGCUACCGCAGCUGCCCUUCGCGAGGCUGUCAGCCGCUACCUUCGUGGGGCCAAGCUGACACCUCCCCUGGCACGGCCACCGGAGCUGGAGCUGCCACUUCCAGUCCUGCAACUGCCUGCUGGCCUCGUCAAGCUGCAGCAACAGCGGCGGCAGAAGGGGCUUUUGCGUGCGCCUGCGGCAACAGCGGCGGCGGUCGCAGCGGCUCCACGGCUGCCAGCCUUAACAACUGCUGCUAAGACGGCCGCGGUUGGAAAGAAAAGUCUCAUACAGCGCACGCGGAAUGGGGCAGGUGCUGCUGCCUCAGGUGGAUUAGCAGGAACGAAGCAGCAGGACAAUGCUGGCGACACCGGCGUUUUGCUGGCACUUGCGGCAGCGGCUGUGGCCAGCCGUGGUGGCAGCCUGAGUUUAAGUAGGGCGGAGGGGGCGGCAGGCUCUGCAGGAGAGGCGACAGCCGCGGCUGGUGAUGCAGCGACGGGGCGUGCGAGGAGUCCUUCUAUUACGACAAAGCAGCGGCGUGGCUGGGCGCCACGAAGGAAGGCGCUUGUGGCAGCGGAGGCGCGGCAGCAAACGGCGGAGCAAGGCCAACUGGGAGAGGAUGACGACGGGAUGGCGACUACGGCGUUGCCUGGGGACCUCAACUCCUUUACUGUUGUUGGGAACACGGCUGGCAAGAAGUCAUUUUCACGCCUUGCCCCUCGGCCUACAACUGCGGAUGCUUUUACGGCUCUGCAGCCGAACCGAAUAAGCUGUGCCAUGGUUCUGAACGUGGACGAUGCUACAGCUGUUGAAACGUACGUCGGCGGGGCUGACAGCGUGCCGGCCUCUACACGGCCUUCGGCAGUGGCACCACCUGCUGCCGCUGAGGCGGCGGCGGCUUCACGUGCUGUUGCUGGGGCGCCGUCAGGCAGGUGCGUUGUGGUGGAUACGCUUCUCGAUGGUGGCAAGGAUAGCAGUAGCACUGCUGCCAUUACCGGUGGGACGAAUGCUGUGCCCGAUUUUGGGAGUUCCCCCACGGCGUCAUCCCCUUCCGUCCGGAAGUGGCCGAAUCUGGAGGCUGCAUGGGACGAUGAGGAGAAGCAGGGCAACGGUGCCGCGGGAGAUGCUGGUAAAGAGCUGUAGGGUACACUGCUGCCUAUGUAUGUAGGCUGCGUUAUUUUUGGAUUACUGCAAAAGUACUCGAGAGGGUAAUGGUUACUGGGAGCUGGGAAAGGCCGAUAGAUAUAUCGUUGUUUGUGUUGGUGGUAUGGGUAGCUCAGGGUGGAUUAGGUUCGUUGUCUUGAUACUUCAUGCACGGAUGAGGAUGGAUAGUUUAUGACACGUGGGGACUUGUGAGAUGUUCUGUCAUUGUACACGCCCCUCGGCGCAUGCGGCACGAUGCAUGUGACGCCGGGAGGGCAGUCGGGCCGGGAUUGGGUUUAAGAUGCUAAUAUAUAGUAACGGAAUCCUUUUAUUACAUCUUUAGUGUCAAGCACAGCCUAGGUGGGUUACCGCUGUCAGGUUACCCACCACAGCAUUUUGUUGUGCGGAUUGCAUGGAAACGUGCGCUUGUAUGGCCUUGGCCCACUCGCAGCGUGUGGAAGUUGAUGUAUUGCUUUUGAGUUAUUAUGUAGCGACGGCUUUGUACUUCUCGAGUGCUCAGGCGUACUUGGUGGUUCAAGUCUACCUAAGACCCUACAUGGCUUAUGUCUGGCGUGUUGGUUGUUUAGUUUGGAGGGCAUGUUAACAAGCAACGACCGCUUAGGUCUCGCUUCAUCACGACUACCGCAGGCAUUGUGAACGAGCAUGGCUUUGUUUCAGUUGACGGUUAGUAGACUGUUGGGAUGUUUGGACGUUUUACGUUGUCUCCUUCCGCAACCGCAAGCUCCCUGCUGAAUCCUGGAUGCAACAUGUACAUGCGCAACUGGUUUCGGUGCACUCCGACAACCAAAGUGUGGGGUUGCUAGGUGAAACACCGACCUUUACGAAAUCCUGAACGCCUAUCUACUGCAUGCGUGGCAGGUUGGUGCUGGUACGAACCACACGACAUGUGGCACGUGGUGGUUAGCGACGGUUUACGACAUUUCACGGAGCAUAAUAAUAAUUUUGUGGGCAUUGAUGUCCCUGACGCCGUACAUGGUUUGCGACCGCUCACAUGGCUUUGUGUUUAGCUGUGAAGUAUUGUAGCGUGCUAGCUCGAACCGACGUUUACCAGGUGCGUCUGGCGGCACUAGUUUGCGUGAGUGUCAUGCGUGUUAACACUUAGGGCUUGUUGUUGUCGGGGCGGUGCGGUACGCUUACGAUGCCCAUAGAGGGCGGAAGUCCCAUAACAGCGUGUGUGUAUGGAGAGCGUGCGAAUGAAUGGCUUCGGGGGGGAGAUUUACCAAGCCCAGAUUGGUUGAAAUGGACAGAUUUUGUCUGGAACCCUAAUCUUCAUGCACUUUGCAGGACUACAGAGAGCUAUUUGUUUCAAUGAAUGACUAGCAAACGUGUGGCUUUUUAGUGUGGGGCCGGGGAAGCUCACGCCUGCAAUUGCUCCACGCUGUGAACGCCAUUCUGGGUAAUCCCCAUGGCGCUCAUAUUGUCGCAGUGCGGUUAGGGCAAACGUGUAAUUGUGUCAUCAGUUGUGUCGCGAUGCAAUGCACCAAACAAGUAAGGG